GCUAAAACCCACAUACCUUACGCUUGUUGUAUGAUCACUAAUCUCAAAAACUAUCCAAAAAAUCCGUCGGACACCUAUUCUGGGCGAGUAAAUGUGAAAGUCCCUUGCACCUGGUCCCAAUCGAACGCCUCCAAAGUAGGCGCCCGUCAGAUGACAGGUUGGUGCCUGUAAGGAGGCUAUGAUUACUCACUUCCUGCUUUGUAAGUGUUGACUCAAUUCUGCCCAUCUUGGAAUAUUUGGCCCUUGUGGGGUGUGUCUGUGGUCCAAGUCCAGUAAGCAAGGCCGAAGGGCCUCAGUGCUAUAAAUCUGAGAUGUCCGGAGUGCUUGGCUGGUGAGUCUGUCAACAGCUUGUGGAGAAUUCGACUGAGGAAACCGUGCGAUACCCGCGACAUAUACCACUUAAUCCAACGCUACCUUCCUCGAGAACAUUUACCAAAUGGCGGGCGGGCUCAUUCUGUUGACCGGCGGGACGGGUCACGUUGGGUACAGGACCUUGGUCGAGGCUUUGUCAAGAGGCUACCACGUCCGCGCCUCUGUUCGAUCGGAAGCAAAGACCGCCCAGAUCAAGGCUGCGGCGUCCAUCCAACCUUAUCUGGCGCAGCUUUCUUUCGUUGUCGUGCCCGAUAUCGAAAAGGAUGGUGCCUUCGACGAGGCGUUGAAAGGUGUUGACUUUGUUGUCCAUAUUGCAUCUCCAUUGGGCCAUCCUUCGGAGGAUCUCGAAGCACACGUCGUCAAUCCAGCCAUCCGGGGCACGCUUGGCAUCCUUCAUUCCGCGCUCAAACAGCCAUCCAUCCAACGUAUCGUCAUCACUUCGUCCGUCGUAGCAGUCCUUCCAUCGGAACUACGGGAAUUCACCGUGGACAAUGUCGAGCCAGAUCCCCAAGGACCGUACAGCGAUAGUUUCGCUGCAUAUGGUGCCGGCAAGAGAUUGGCAUUCAACCGUACGCGCGACUUUAUCGCCAAGGAGAAGCCACACUUCACCGUUGUCAACAUCCUGCCUAGCUUCGUCAUUGGCAAAAACGAACUGGCGACGACCCCGGAGAGCGUCAGGUCUGGCUCGAAUGGGGUUCCGAUGAUCCCACUGAUGGGCGGACACAACCCGGUUGGAGUGCCAGCAGCUGUUUGCCACGUGGAUGACGUUGCUUUCGUUCAUAUAGCUUCCCUGGAUUCUCGCGUUGAAGGCAACCGCAAUUUCGGGAUCAACUACCGCGGUGAUAAACCUGUGGAAUGGGACGAUGCCAUCGACAUUGUGAAGAAACACUUCCCUGAGGAGGUGAAAAAAGGCGUCUUCCCUCUCGGCGGAUCACUCAAAUCCUUGCCCAUGCCCUUUGAUGCCAGCGAGACCGAGAAAGUGUUCAACUUCAAGUUCAAGAGCUACGAGGAACAGAUCGUGAGCCUUGCGAGCCAUUACGCGGAAGUGGUGGCAAGGGCUUAGUCUCCUCAGGAACGUGUCAGAAUCAGUGUGUACCCAGUCUAGGACAGGCUGACAGGGAUCAGGCGCGAUGUCUUCGGUGUUCGUAAUCGGAGCCUUCACGGUACCCUGACACGGUGGGACAAGGCUGAAAGGAGAUAGACGGUUGUGGCUGGAAAGGCGGAUGUAUCUGCCGAUCUUUAGAACCAUAGAUUGUGUUUCAUUUCAUUGCCAUUCACAUAGUGCGUGUAGAUAGUGUACAUAGUACAAAAGUUCACGGAUGACGCAUAGUUGCAAGUUCUUGCACCCUUGA